AUGAGUACGGCUGGUGAGCAAACAGCCACUUCCACACCAUCCAGAGCUGGCCUCGAUUCAGCAUCCGCCUCGCCACCAACAUCCACAUCCUCCUCGCCAAAGACACGUUACCAAGAGUUGCCAAUAGAGCACGUUCUAAAGAUUGUUAUCGUCGGAGGAUCACAAGUUGGCAAGACGAGUGUGAUUAGAAGAUACUUACAGGCAUGCUACACGAGCAAUUAUAUACCGACAGUGGGCACAGAGUUGUCCACAUUGAUACUUGAACCAAACACUCCAAACAACAACAUCAAUGAGUGUUCAUGCGAGUUGGCGCGUUGUGUAAUGUCCGAGCACAGAGGUCCAUCACACAUUGGCAACACCAACUCCAACUCCAAUUCCAACUCCAACUCCAAUUCCAGUUCCAACUCCAGUACCACCUCUGGCUCCAACAGUUCACUGGCAAGCAGUAAUGGAAGCAUUGGACCAUUCACAAGUAGCAAACAACAACAAUAG